AUGCGUCCUUAUACAACACUUCGUUUGCUUGGAAUAACCCUCUUGGCGACUCUUGUGAGUGCUCAAGCUCCUGCACCAGCAGGUUGGCCAAACUUCUGGUUCAAAGGGCAUGUUACAAACAAGGAAACAUUCAUAUACAACCCCACAAACGAGUUCAUAUUUCCUAGUAUCUUCCAUGCAGGACGAUAUCUAGACAACCCCCUAGGAGAAUGGUAUCUCUACUAUGCUCCUCACGAGAACCCGGGUGGUAUUUCUCUCGUGUACUCGGAUAGUCUUGAGGGUCCAUGGAAAGAAUACAGCAACAACCCCAUCAUCAAGAACAAGUGGGACUCUUACUACUCGGUUCCGCACGUAUCCAGUCCUGAUGCUACAUGGAACUCAGAAACUGGGCGUAUGUUUGUUUACUUCCAUGGAGACAACACGAGAACACGCUGGGCUGAAUCUUCCAAUGGUGUGGACUUCAGAUACGGUGGCGUGGCAGUGAGCAACGACAUGGCCAGCUCAGACACCACAGAGUCAAGCUAUGCACGCGUUUUUGCCCAUCCCAACUCAGCAUCGAAGUACAACUACGCAAUGUUCUACAUGGCCAACGAGCGCGACAACAAGCGCAAGAUCAGACUCGCCGAAUCUGUCGAUGGUCGCAAGUGGGUUGUUGACCCAGACUACGUUGUCACUGGUGGCGGUAUAGAGGGUGAUAAUGUGUCUGGUGCGAAUUACUGGGUAUGGAGAGAACAAGCAUAUGUCAUUUACCACGGCUCUUCAGGUAAGAUGUACGCUCGGACUAUUGAUGCGACGCUACGAGAUGUGGGAUCGGAGCCAAUCGUUUUCUACCAGUCCCGUAACCAGGGUGCGGAUGUUGGACGCGUUGCGGCGCCUGAUGUUGCGACAUCUGGGGAGAAUACUUAUUUGUUUUAUGAAUCUGGAGAUAGAUUGGGAGGGACAAUUGCUUGGGCAAAGAUGCAGAAGCAGACGGCUCGUUCUGUUCAGGAAUGGAAGGCAUAG